GGAGUUUAAUUCUUCAUCAUUGAGAGAUCAUUUGAUCAUAGUCCAAAAAAACAUCAAGUAUACAAGAGAUGGCUGUCAAUAAUGAAGAGAAACAGCAACUCAUUCCACACACAGAUUUAGUUCACAAGUCUCUGCUUCAGAGUGAUGCACUAUAUGAAUAUAUACUUGAGACCAGUGUGUUUCCAAGAGAGCACCCAUGCUUGAAGGAGCUUCGUGAGUUAACAGAAAACCACUCACAAAAAAUUAUGGCUACACCCGCUGAUGAAGGACAACUUAUAAGCAUGUUGAUCAAGCUCAUCAAUGCAAAGAACACGUUGGAAAUUGGUGUCUACACUGGCUACUCUCUACUCACCACUGCUCUUGCUCUUCCUUCUGAUGGAAAGGUGUUGGCUUUGGACAUGAGUCGUGAAUACUAUGAGAUGGGAUUGCCCAUUAUUGAAAAAGCUGGAGUGGCUCACAAGAUUGACUUUAGACAAGGACCUGCUCUCCCUCUUCUUGAUCAACUUCUUCAAGAUGAAAAUAACAAGGGGGCAUUUGACUUUAUUUUUGUGGAUGCUGACAAGAAUAACUACAUAAACUAUCAUAAGAGGGUGCUUGAUCUUGUGAAAGUUGGAGGAUUGAUUGGAUAUGAUAAUACCUUAUGGGUUGGAUCAGUGGCAGCUCCAGAUGAUGCACCUAUGCAUAGUUUUAUUAUGAAUUUACGUGGUUAUGUGAUUGAGUUCAACAAGUAUUUAGCUCAAGAUUUAAGGAUUGAAAUUUGUCAGCUUUCGGUAGGUGAUGGAAUUACCUUAUGUCGUCGCAUCUAUUGAUCUCUCCUUCUUGGCAAUUUGUUUGCAUUGAGAAUAUUUGGAUUUUUAUCAUAAGUAUUUAAACUUUUAAUAAAGCUAUGGCUCAUGGUAUGUAUAACAACAACAAUAGACGACGUGGAUUAUGAUUGAAAUAAAUUUUUAUAGAUUUUUAAUUUAUAAAAAAUCCUAGAGUUUGAAUUAAUUUUAAAGAGAAUAAUAAUAUAUAUGAGAAGAUUCGAGUGUAUCAAAUUUA